GAGAAGCGCGCCAAUAGCUGAGUCAAUUUCUUUGAAGCUGCAAACUUCCCUAAACAUAAACUGAGACUCCAUAUACUUGAUGCAAAUUUUCAAUAACUCCAAUGCAAAAUUUAAGGUAAAUUCUUACAUUUCUUUGGGAAUCUCAUGAAAUUUCUUCAUCUGAGUAAUUUUUCUUCUGAGCCGUUGGAGAAUUUGAUGAGAGGCCGAAGUCGAAAGCACACGCAUCUAUGAAGACUGGGGCACGGAAGUCGCCGCCGCCGCACCACCUGAUGCAGUUGCCGCUUGAGCUUCGUCUUCGGCGAUUUGCUUACCGUUUUUUCAGAUGGAAUGGCAGAUCUUGCUAGCUAUGGGAAUUCUGAUCGUGAUAUUGAGCAAGCACUUGUAGCUUUAAAAAAAGGCUCCCAAUUACUUAAGUAUAAUCGAAAAGGGAAGCCAAAAUUUCGUCCCUUCAGACUCUCAUCCGAUGCUACAACAUUGAUUUGGAUUUCUCAUGGACGGGAAAAAAAUCUGAAAUUGUCUUCUGUUUCACGUAUCAUUCCCGGACAAAGAACUGCUGUCUUUAGAAGGCAUUUGCGCCCAGAAAAGGAUUAUCUAUCAUUUUCACUUGUUUAUAAAAACGGGGAACGAACACUUGAUCUGAUUUGCAAGGACAAAGCUGAGGCAGAGAUAUGGUUUGGAGGCCUUAAAGCAUUAAUUUCUCCAGGACAACACACCCUACGAUCUAAAAGUAACUUAUAUGAUCUACAGGAUGGUGUCGACUUUUUCCCAAUUAACCGUCCUUUUGGUGCAACAUUAGAGUUUACUUCAAGCAUUGCACGUGGCAGGGAUUCCACAGAUUCAGGAUCUCGUGAUUCUCCAUUGUAUUGGGCAACCUCAGAUGUGACAUCAGAACGUUCAAAUAUGCAACUAAGGACAAGUGCUUCAGAUGGCUUCCGUGUUAGUGUGUCAAGCACACCUAGUUGUUCAAGUGGAGGAUCAGGACCAGACGACAUAGAGUCAUUAGGUGAUGUUUAUAUAUGGGGAGAUGUUUGGAUUGAUGGGCCUUCACCUGAUACAUUGGGAAGUCAAGUUGCUUUGAUGACAGAUGUGCUGGUUCCUCGGCCAUUGGAGUCAAAUGUUGUUCUUGAUGUUCAACAAAUUGCAUCUGGUGUGCGUCACAUUGCUCUAGUUACAAGGCAGGGAGAGGUUUUUUCUUGGGGUGAGGAAUCCGGGGGAAGACUUGGUCAUGGGAUUGAUAAAGACUUCUGCCACCCUCAUCUUAUUGAGUUCCUCUCUGUUCAAAAUGUUGAAUUUAUUGCAUGUGGGGAGUAUCAUACGUGUGCUAUUUCUACGUCUGGUGAUCUAUUCACCUGGGGAGAUGGUGCUUAUAAUGCUGGGCUUCUUGGUCAUGGCAGUGAUGUUAGUCACUGGAUACCAAAGAGGGUCACUGGCCCUUUAGAAGGGCUUCAAGUUUUACACAUUUCUUGCGGUACAUGGCAUUCUGCAUUAGCAACCUCUAAUGGGAAAUUGUUUACCUUUGGAGAUGGAACAUUUGGUGUCUUGGGCCAUGGAGAUCGGAUGAGUGUGUCAUAUCCAAGGGAGGUACAAUCAUUGAGCGGAUUGAAGACUAUUAAGGUUGCUUGUGGAGUAUGGCACACUGCAGCCAUUGUAGAGGUUAUGGGUCAUCAAGGUUCUAAUAUUUCAUCCAGGAAGCUCUUCACUUGGGGUGAUGGUGACAAGUAUCGUUUGGGUCAUGGAAACAAGGAAACAUACCUUCAACCAACUUGUGUCUCUGCACUAAUUGAUUAUAAUUUCCACCAGAUAGCUUGCGGGUACACUUUGACUGUUGCCCUAGAUACAUCAGGUCUUGUAUUUACUAUGGGCAGCACUGCGUAUGGUCAGUUAGGAAAUCCUUUGUCUGAUGGAAAAACACCUGCAAAGGUUCAAGAUAAGUUGGUUGGUGAAUUUGUUGAGGAAAUAUCAUGUGGAGCGCAUCAUGUUGCUGUCUUGACAUCAAGAAGCGAACUAUAUACUUGGGGGAGGGGAGCGAAUGGAAGAUUGGGGCAUGGGGACACAGAAGACCGAAAAUCUCCAACACUGGUUGAAGGUUUAAAAGAUAGGCAUGUAAAAAAUAUCUCAUGUGGCUCAAAUUUUACAUCUUGCAUAUGCAUCCAUAAAUGGGUUUCUGGAUCUGAUCAAUCUAUUUGCUCCGGUUGUCGGCAAGCAUUUGGUUUUACUAGAAAAAGGCAUAAUUGUUAUAAUUGUGGGUUGGUGCAUUGCCAUGCUUGUAGUUCUAAGAAGGCAUUGAGAGCAGCAUUGGCUCCCACACCAGGAAAACCACAUCGUGUGUGUGAUGCUUGUUAUAGCAAGCUUAAAGCUACUGAGACUGGUAGUGCUUCCACUUCUAGUAGAAAACCUACUCCUCCUCGUCAAUCCAUAGAUGAGAGGGAAAGAUUAGACCGGGGAGAAACAAGGUCUUCAAGAGUUCUCAUGUCUUCUAUCACUGAGCCAGUAAAAUUCCUUGAGAUAUGGGGCAAUAAGCCCGAAUCUAAACACGAUUUUUCUUCCCUUGCUCGAAAUCCACAAUCAAUUUCACAAUUCAAAGAUGUUGCAUUUCCAAAUUCAUUGAAGCCCAUUCAUAAUGCAUUCAAGCCUGCUUCUGUAACUUUAAGUCCACCACGAACUCCACCGGCCAAUUCAAGACCUGCAUCGCCAUAUACAAGAAGACCAAGUCCACCACGUUCUCCCACCCCUGGAUUUUCUAGAACCCUUAUCGAAAAUUUGAGGAAAUCAAAUGAGCUUCUGAACCAAGAAAUCUCAAAAUUACAAAAUAAAGUUCGAAGUUUGAAACAGAAGAACGACGUGCAAGAUAUGGAGAUUCAGAAGCUAAAGAAAAAUGUUGAGAAAGCAACCUUGUUGACUGGAGAGGAAUCUUCUAAGCAGAGUCUAGCUAGGGAAUUUAUUAAGACCAUGAAAGAUCAGUUGAAGGAUGUGACGCAGAAUUUGCCACCAGAGAGUCUAGACAGUGAGACCUUGAGAAAUAUCCAUGCUCAAGCUGAAGAUUUUCUAAGGGAAAAUACAGAAUCUGAAGCAUCAUCUUCCGUACUUCCAAGCUUGGAGCCUAAUCAAGAAAUUGGACGUGAUACAUCAGUUUCAGGUAUUGAUGGUUCCAAAUCGCAAGAACAUGAAGUUGAAGAAACUGUAGAUUCUACUGGAGCUGAACCAUCUCAUGAUCCAGGAAAUUCUCUUCAAGAAAGCAAUAGAUCAUCUAUAUCUAGUAUAGAGGUAGCAACUCCUCCACAAAGCUCAGAAAAUGAUUCACAAUCACCAGACUCAAUGAAACUAGGGAGAGAGAAAGAAUCACAGGUCAUCGAACAAUUUGAACCUGGUGUUUAUGUGACGCUAGUGGUAUGGCCAAGUGGUAUAAAGGUUUUCAAACGAGUUAGAUUCAGUAAGCGAAGGUUUGAUGCACAACAAGCAGAAGAAUGGUGGAAUACAAACAAAGAUAGGGUGUUUAGAAAGUAUAGUUCAUCAGCAACAAAUUCUUCAGCUUCUGGGUCGUCAUCAUCUAGAACUAAACCCUUAGCUGAAGAGAACACUUAAUUUUCUUUUCAUAGUCUAUCUAGUCAACAGAAAAUAUAGAAUAGCUGCAUACCAAUCCACCAAGUGUAAAGAAAACUAUAAUUAGACAACUAGUUUAAUUUGAAGUGACAAGUCGAACAGCAAGAAUGCACAAUAUACUUGAAUGUAACUUUGUACUGCAGAAUAUAGAAUUGAUGUACCACCCAAAUUUGAUUUAGAUGUAGAAAAAUUGCUUGUUUUUGAA